GCACUGCUGUUUUCACGCACGCGCAGUCUCUCGCUCUCUGCUCUGAUGGUGUCUGUCAGGAUGCGGUCGUGUGUGUUGUCGGUUUUACUCCUAAACGUUUUCUACAACGUCGUCUCCUCUCUGUACUUCCACAUCGGAGAGACCGAGAAGAAAUGCUUCAUAGAGGAGAUCCCGGACGAGACGAUGAUUAUCGGUAACUACCGCACUCAGCUGUACGACAAACAGCGAGAGGAGUAUCUACCGGCCACGCAGGGCCUCGGCAUGUUCGUCGAGGUGAAAGAUCCCGACGACAAGGUGAUCCUGUCGCGGCAGUACGGCUCAGAGGGCAGGUUCACCUUCACCUCGCACACACCUGGAGAGCAUCAGAUCUGUCUGCACUCCAACUCCUCCAAGUUUGCGCUCUUCGCCGGAGGCCUGCUGAGGGUUCACCUGGACAUCCAGGUGGGGGAACACGCCAACAACUACGCUGAGAUCGCUGCCAAAGACAAGCUGACGGAGCUGCAGCUCAGAGUCCGGCAGCUGGUGGAGCAGGUGGAUCAGAUCCAGAAGGAGCAGAACUACCAGAGGUACCGUGAGGAGCGUUUCCGUCAGACGAGCGAGAGCACGAACCAGCGCGUCCUCUGGUGGUCCAUCGUGCAGACCCUCAUCCUCGUGGCCAUCGGGAUCUGGCAGAUGAGACACCUCAAGAGCUUCUUCGAGGCCAAGAAACUGGUGUAACCUUUUCCUGUGUGUGUAUGUGAGAGCGUGUGUGAGAAAGAGGGUGUGUGUGUGUGAUUGUGUGAGAAAGAAGGCGUGUGUGUGUGCCUGGUCUCUACUGAUUGAUGAAGUGCUGAGAAGAAAAACUGCAAGGAAGACGGGACGCAGGGAAAUCCAGCUGCAUGAAAAACAUCUUUAGAUAAUAAUAAUAUGAAUAAUUAUACAAGGUUAAAUGUAGACGCCUUCAAACGGAGUUGCUUUCACAUAAAAACAUUUCAUACUCAGAAUAAAAUUACAACUGAAAAGCAGAAACUUGACAUAGAAAAGUAAAACAAACAUAAAACCACAUGAAAGCAAUUCUGAAACAGGUUUUUAAAAGUGUGUUUUUUAAAUAGCAGCCCUGAUCUUAGGCAGGCAGAUAUUAUUAUUGAUAUUAUGAUUAUUGGUAUUGGUGGUCCCGUUGUCUUUGCAGUAGACUAUCAGGGGAAAAUGUGACGACUCUAUUUAUUUAGUUCUGCUUCUCUCGUCAGAAUUGAACCCGUCGGUUGAGUUUUUAAACCUUAUUUCUGACUCCCCUCUCUGUGAGGAGGACCACACGUGUUACUGGCCAACUAGAGAUUCCAUUUUAAGCAAAUUAAAAUCUGGAUUUGAGCAAUUUUUAAUCAUAUUGUUGGGCAAAAUGCAGGAGUAUAACGUGGAGACUCUGCAACAAAACUAAAACUCUUGGCACUGUUUUCAGUAGCGUUGAUUCAGAGGGACUUCCCCCUCAUGACUGACUCCAGCUUAACGUGUUUUUUUUCUGCGAGAACACAGGAAGUGUGUUGCAGACUUCUCAUGCAGAAAAACACGUUUUUAAUCUUGCCACAGGCCGCUGGGUCGCUGUUUUUUUUAAAAUCCACCUCAUUGCCACAGAUCAGGUUUGAUCUCUGUCUGAUUUAGAAUAAAACCAGCUGUGUUUCUUUACAAAAAUCCAGCUUGUUGUGAAAACGUUUGACAUGAAAGCAUCAGAUGUUGCAUUAAAAAUCUAUCGGGACUCAAAAACGUAUCCUAUUUUGGCUUCUUGAAGAAUAUUUUGGAGUUUAAAACACAGAAACUGUGGCCUGAUGAUCUUAACCUCAAGGUUUUUUUUACUUCCUUUUAAAGUAGAACAUAACAAAUGUAUUAUUAAAUCAUUCAGCUUCCAUUUAGUUACAAAUCUGAGCCUGAGGAGUAAGAAAAAGUCCCCCAUCUUUCAGAUUUAAAAUUCACAUUUUUGAGAAACUCUUACUUAGCAAAGUGUUUCCCUCCUCAGCUUUAAAGAUUGAUAUCAUUGUUUUAUUCUUUCUUCCUCUCUGGUGGUGUGUGUAUAACAGUUUUAUGUUGCUGGUAGUUUUCAGAAAUGUUUUCCGGGGUUAGAAUUAAAAAGGUUGGAAGAGGGCUUUGAAUUUAUUUUAUUUUUAGGGAGAUUUUUGUCCAUGUGAAAUCUGUCUGGAAUUGCACUCAAAAAUAAAGUUUGUCACAUUUGUUUAAAGGCC